UACACCCACCGGAAACGGUGUCUGCAGUGGCAGCAGAAAAUGUGAAAGGCUCCGGAGUCGCUCUUUCGUUUACCGUCUUGAUUUCUGACAUAUCAACCUUCACCAAUGUCUGUUGCUUGCCGUGUUCGUCCGGAAACAGCGUGGAGACGUCGACUGCCGUCACCGGACUCUUUGAUGGAGUAGUGCGGCGACCGUGUGCUUGGGGAACCGUCGCACCGGCCGAGAGAGGAGUCUAUUCCGAACCGGAGCUUCCCCAUCUCCCCUCAGCGCCAGCGCUAAUAAAUGGUCGCUGGCGGCGGCCAUGGAAGCCGACCUUGAAUACUCCUGGCGAGGCUGCUAGAUGCCUGAUAUGAACGUUACACGGCUGCUUUUUCCGUCUGCUCAUCUGUCGCCAGGGGGAAGCAGGCCGGCUAGCCCUGCUAGCUUUAGCCUUUUCCGCACCGUUUCCCGGCUUUUGACAGCGCAGGUUUUUCCAUGACCUCAUCGUUUACUCUUUACGUCUCGACUCGACGAUUUAAAUCACAAACCGUGUUUUAUGGGAUUCAUAUCGGAGCAGGAGAAGAGGGCCUAAGCCAAAAUGGUGAACUGGAGGCGGCUGCUGCGACUCUCCAACCGAUCGUUCCUGGCCUUCAUAUUUUUCUUUUCCAUGUCCACCACUUGUCUCUACUUCAUUUACGUGGCUCCUGGAAUAGCUAAUACAUACUUCUUCAUGGUGCAGGCUCAGGGCAUCAUGUUGAGGGACAAUGUGAGAACCAUUGGCCAAAUGAUUCGAUUGUACACGAACAAGAACAGUACCCUUAAUGGGACAGACUACCCUGAUGGCAGUAACUCCAGUGAAUACUUGCUGCAGCCAACCACGUAUCUCCCAGAGAACUUCACCUAUGCUCAAAAUCUUCCCUGUCCACAGCGAUUACCUUCUAUGAAGGGCCUUAUAGAGGUGAAUAUGACAGAGAUCCCUAUGGAGGAGGUAGAACUCAAGUUUUCCAAGUUUUUUGGCAUUGAGUAUGGCGGCCAUUGGAAACCAAAGGACUGCGGACCUCGCUGGAAGGUGGCCAUACUGAUCCCAUUUAGAAACCGCCAUGAACAUCUACCCAUCCUCUUCCAACACUUAAUCCCCAUGCUACAAAGUCAGCGGUUGCAGUUUGCCUUCUACGUCAUUGAACAGAGUGGGAGCCAACCCUUCAACAGAGCAAUGCUGUUUAAUGUGGGUUUCCUCGAGGCCAUGAAGGACUCGGACUGGGACUGCUUGAUUUUCCAUGAUGUCGACCACAUUCCUGAGAAUGACCGCAAUUAUUAUGGGUGUGGUCAGAUGCCACGCCACUUUGCUGCCAAAUUGGACAAAUACAUGUACAUUCUUCCAUACAGUGAAUUCUUUGGUGGUGUGAGUGGACUUACCGUGGAGCAGUUUCGCAAGAUUAAUGGGUUUCCCAAUGCAUUCUGGGGAUGGGGAGGAGAGGAUGAUGACCUGUGGAACAGGGUGCACUACGCCGGUCUGAAUGUCACGCGACCCGAGGGAGAAAUUGGAAAGUACAAAUCAAUUCCUCAUCACCACAGAGGAGAGGUGCAGUUCCUGGGGAGGUAUAAGCUGUUGAGAUAUUCCAAAGAGCGCCAACACCUGGACGGCCUGAACAACCUCCGUUACAGCCCCCACGUGUCCCUCAGCAGCCUCUACAAGAACAUCACAGUGGACCUGAGCCCCGAGCUCGCCCCCAUUGCAGACUACUGAACUGCCCCGCCUCCUGCACCCCUCCGGUCCGGCCUCCCAGCGCCCUCUUCAGCUGCACACAGGCAGAGAGCUUGUGUGGCAGAGGAGGGCAUUGGGGUACAGGAAUAACAUGUAAUGCUGCCAAGAAAAGCUACCGGGGGGGGAGGAGGGGCUCCAAGCAGGGGUAAAAAAAAAAAGGCAGUGGCAAGUCUGCUAAGGUGAACUGGUGUGUGUGUGUGUGUGUGUAGAGAGAGAGAGAGAGAGAGAUUAGCUGCAUGUCUUUCUGUCUGCCGGCUUUACUCCUGAAAGUGACAUCAGUCUGGGUUUAGGGUGAAAGGAGCAGCAGCAUCAAAGCCUUAACGUGGCAGAACCAC